GUUGUGUAUUUGUAACGUUUGUAUUCGCAUUUUAAUUAUUGAGAUCAAAAACUACCACGUUUACAUUUUAAAAGAAUCAAAUAUAAACUACAAUGCCGUACGCCAACCAGCCAUCGGUGCAUAUCACGGAACUAACAGACGAUAAUGUGAAAUUCGUUGUCGAGGAUACCGAGCUGAGUGUCGCCAAUAGUAUGCGGCGUGUAUUUAUUGCAGAAACGCCGACGAUGGCUAUCGAUUGGGUUCAAUUAGAAGCUAACUCUACUGUACUUAGUGAUGAGUUUCUCGCACAUCGCGUGGGACUCAUACCUCUAAUAUCUGAUGACGUUGUCGACAAAAUUCGGUACUCCAGAGAUUGUAUGUGUGCCGAUUUCUGCUCAGAGUGUAGUGUUGAGUUUACGUUAGACGUUAAGUGCACGGAUGACCAAACGCGACAUGUGACGACAGCCGACUUGAAAUCCAGCGACCCGCGGGUGGUGCCCGUGACUUCACGACACCGUGACGAGGACCAGGCAGACUAUGGUGAGGCUGAUGAAAUAUUGAUUAUAAAGUUACGAAAAGGACAGGAGUUAAAGUUACGAGCAUAUGCCAAGAAAGGAUUCGGGAAGGAGCAUGCAAAGUGGAACCCGACAGCAGGUGUCUGUUUCGAAUAUGACCCUGACAAUAUCAUGAGACACACACUGUUCCCCAAGCCAGACGAGUGGCCAAAGAGUGAGCACACUGAGUUGGAUGAAGACCAGUAUGAAGCAGAGUUCAACUGGGAAGCUAAACCCAACAAAUUUUUCUACAAUGUUGAGUCAUCGGGAGCACUGAAGCCGGAAAAUAUUGUCCUAAUGGGGAUUGUGGUUUUAAAGAACAAACUAUUAAAUCUUCAAAUGCAGUUGGCGCAAGAAGCACAGAAUGAUGCUUUAGCUAUUAAUUAAUUAAGUAAUCCAAUUUAUGAUUUAU